UUCUUGAAAGGUUAGCGCCUACUUUCCUAAUGGCUAGCUGCGAAUCACCGUAGCUCAGCCAGUUCAACGCAGUUUGUGUGACAGUGUACAGCUGGGUCGAAGUAGAAGAGGGACCAUUCAUUAACACCCAGCUCGGUGUGUUUUUGUCGUUUUGAUCAAGCCAUGUAUGUAGGAUACGACGCGUGAGGAGUAACGUUAGCGUUAACUAACAUUGAGUCAGUGUUGCGUGUUGUGGACUGCCACUUUCAACCAAAACAAUGUUGACAGACGACCUGUGGACACUUAACAACAAUCAGGCAUUUCAAGGAUGGAUAAUGGUGGAGUGAAGAAGAUAACAUACAUAAGAGAUGGCCAUUUAAGCAAACUGGUCUACACUGAAAGCCCGGAGGAGGGAGGUCUACUGAAAGUGGCUCCUCACAGUGCAAUGUCCAUCACCUCUGCCACCUCUGUCGUUCUUCCAUCCAACUCAUUGAUGCAGCCAGGGCAGGUGCCUAUUAACGGACUAAGCAACAGCCCCCUUCCAGAGGAGCUCACCUCCACCUCUGUCACUGCCUUUGUAGGCCCCUUGUUGGAAGACCCAGAACCCAGGGGCCUGACCAAAGAUCAGAGGCUUCAGCAGCAGUUACUCCAGACACAGACUUCCGCUACGUUUGAGCGUCAAACCUUGAGGGACAAUUUGGCCCAGUUGGAGGCCAGUAUAGCGGACAUUACUCAGUCCUCCAUGGAUUCACUUAUUGGGGGAUCAGAUCCCAACUUCUUUCCCAUGAGAACAGAGGAUUUCUCCAUGGAAAAAGGAGACCAGGACCCCAUUGACCUUGAUCAUGCCUUUGAGCACAUUGAGAAAGAUGUGGACGUGAACCAGAAAUUGUUUAGUGACAACACUCUGGACCUGCUCCAAGAUUUCGAGCUGACUGGGUCCCCCUCAGAUUUCUAUGUAGGGGAUGAUGCCUUCCUGUCUUCUCUGGCAGAUGAUUCAAUGCUUGGGGAUGUUAGCUCAGAAAAGGACAUAAAGGCCGCCGUGGUUGAGGACAUUAACCGUAGCGCAGCAGUCUCUGUUGCUCUCAAUGGCAGUCCAGAUCAGUCCAUCUCCAGCGUAUCCACAACUACCUCCUUAACCCCUACAACCACUUUGUCUGCAUUGGUGAAGAAAGAAAAAGAUGCUGGCUUCAUUCAGCUCUGCACCCAAGGUGUGAUCAAACAGGAGAAGAUGUCUGCAGGUCAGAGUUAUUGCCAAAUGAGUGACAGGUCCUCCACAGACAUGUCCAACUCUAACCCCAUCUCCAUCUGUGGGGUCAGCACUUCAGGAGGACAAAGCUUCCACUUUGGAGUCAACCCCAGCAGCAAUGAAGCUCAGCAGCAGAAGGAUCAGAAGCCAGUGUCCAGCCUGUAUCUCCCAUUAACACCCAUUGGUGGGCCCUGGAACAGAGGCCCAGGUGUUGGGGACAACUUGGCGAUGCACAGGCCCAGUGAUGCUUUCUCAAGCUCUUCCUCUUACCCCACCAGCCUUGCCAGUGCCAUCUCCAGACAGGAAGGGGUCACCGCUACAUCGUCAGCACAGGGAAAGAGCGGGACUCAUAAAAUUUGCCUGGUGUGCUCUGAUGAGGCGUCAGGCUGCCACUACGGCGUUCUCACCUGUGGCAGCUGCAAGGUGUUUUUUAAGAGAGCAGUGGAAGGGCAGCAUAAUUACCUGUGUGCUGGGAGGAAUGACUGCAUAAUUGACAAGAUCAGGAGGAAGAACUGCCCAGCCUGCCGUUUCCGCAAGUGUCUAAUGGCAGGCAUGAACCUGGAAGCGCGCAAAACCAAGAAGUUGAACCGCCUAAAGGGCGUCCUGCCGAGCAACCCACCCGAACCGACUCCUUCCCCGCCAGUUGAGGCUCGGUCCCUUGUACCCAAGUGCAUGCCUCAGCUUGUCCCCACGAUGCUGUCCCUGCUGAAGGCCAUCGAGCCAGACACCAUCUAUGCCGGCUACGACAGCACCCUGCCCGACACCUCCACCCGCCUCAUGACCACCCUCAACAGGCUGGGCGGCCGGCAGGUCAUCUCUGCUGUCAAGUGGGCAAAGGCUCUGCCAGGUUUCAGGAACUUGCACCUGGACGACCAGAUGACUCUGCUGCAGUGCUCCUGGCUCUUCCUCAUGUCUUUUGGUCUGGGCUGGAGGUCUUACCAGCAGUGCAACGGCAACAUGCUCUGCUUUGCACCAGACCUCGUCAUCAACGAGGAGCGGAUGAAGCUGCCCUACAUGGCCGACCAGUGUGAGCAGAUGCUGAAGAUUUCCAGCGAGUUUGUCCGGCUGCAGGUUUCCCACGACGAGUAUUUGUGCAUGAAGGUCCUGCUGCUGCUCAGCACAGUGCCAAAGGAUGGCCUGAAGAGCCAGGCGGUGUUCGACGAUAUCCGGAUGUCGUACAUUAAGGAGCUGGGGAAAGCCAUCGUGAAGCGCGAGGAGAACUCCAGCCAGAACUGGCAGCGUUUCUAUCAGCUCACCAAGUUGCUCGACUCCAUGCAUGAGAUGGUCGGUGGACUGCUCAGCUUCUGCUUCUACACCUUUGUGAAUAAAUCCCUGAGUGUGGAGUUCCCGGAGAUGUUGGCAGAGAUUAUCAGCAACCAGUUACCAAAAUUCAAAGCCGGGAGCGUCAAACCACUCCUCUUCCACCAGAGAUGACUUUGCCCCAUAACAGACACAAUGCCUUAAAAUCCCACCACAUCACCUCACCAACACCCCCCCACCCCCCACCCACAAACCCCAUACCGCGAAGGGCGACAAGUAGAGUGAUGUUUCGGGGAACGAGUAUGCAACUUUGUAUAGUGGCUGGCUUACGGGUCAGGAGGGAGAGAGCGGAGAGACUGGAGAUGUUUGUGUUGGAACCCGACGGAGGUUUUGUUUUGUUGAGCAGACGUGAGAGGUAGUGAAUAAAAAGUAGGAAAUGUUUGUAAGAUAAAAGAUAUUCACAAAGAGAAAUAGGCUAACAUCCAUGUCGUCUCAGGUUUCUUACCGUCAAAUACAGAACGAUAUCUAAAAUAGAUAAAAGAAAUAUCUAUGUACAGGUUCUGAGAGUAUUUUCUACACUUUCAAAUUGUAACAGUUUAUACAGUUUUCCAGGUUGUCGUUGCCUGUGAAGGUAACAAAGCUUAAUUAAUAACUUGCUCUUAAGUAGGCUUUUAAGACUGUAUGUUCCUCUUUACGUUUUUAUAGGAGGUUGUAACAAAAUGUUUCAGUCACAUGGGAGCAAAAACUCUGUUUUGCAGUCAUUUAAAAAGCAUAUUUCAUUGCUUUAAUUGAUACUUUGGACGUUCGAACAAUUCUGUUGGAUUGUUGAUCGACAGGCGUCUGUUAUUAAAAGGGAAAAAAAUGUGCCUUUUUUGCUUCAGAUAUCAUCUUAGCCAUUUCUUCCGACCUGUCCCAACGCGUGCUUCUAUUUAACCCCUUCAUCAUAUGUUUGAUUGUACUUUUUAUGUUAGAUGCAGUUGUAAGUUUUCCUUCUUUUUUUUUUUUGUUAAUGGAUGUGUUUAUCUUUAGAUGCUCGGUCCAUCCUCCGUGUGUAAAAAUUAUCCUUAUCAUUACGACAGAAUAUUCAAAGCCCGCACACUGAACUCCUCAAGUGUGAUUCAAGCAUUUCGUACCCUGCUAAAGGCUUUAAACGACUGUGAAGAAAGAUUAUUAUGCUGUGCCAGUCUUUAAUAUAUGACUUUAGAUAUAUUUUUCUGUUAGGAAAUAGCCCACUUUGAUGUUUGUUUUAGCCCCCACUCCUGCCCCCGUAGUCUGAUAAUGGAAUGUGAUAGAUACCUGCGUCUACCGAUCACAGAAGAGAAGGCAUAUUUUAUUGUUUUUGCAAGAUUGUCAUUUUUUAUUCAUCAGGAAAACUAAUUUCUAUAGUUUUAACAUGGCUUAAACUAGCCACCCUUCAUUUUUUAACGUUCCUCUUACAGUCUGUAAGAUCCAACGAACACGCAUUCAUGAUUCUGCCACUGACGAUCCUUCUUUGACAUUAUAUCCAUGCUAUCAAUUAGCAUCUGAUUUGGAUGGUUAAUUAUUGAAAGCCUUUACAUUGUUGCUUUGCUGUAGCGCUUCGUUAGGGUGAAAUGUCACACUCAUGUCUGUAUGUUAAAUAUGUACCUGAAGUCAGCAUCUGUCUUGCUUAGCUAAGGUGUGUAGCUCAGUCCCAACCUCGGUCAGACAAACACACUGACCUGCAUCUGACCUCACCGCAACCCUCUUUGAGGCGGUCAGGCACGCUUUUGCCCAAAUCCAGAGAUGAGCAAAUCAGUGGUUCAUAUUUAGUGUACAGAUGUGAGAGGGGGCAUCAGUUUUCUCAUCUUAACUGGACAAGAAAGUGAAAAAGAGUAUUUCUCAAAAUUAAACUGAAUGGGUUGUAUGAUAGAUGGCUCGUGUAUACAGCACUUUGGAUCAGGUUCAUCACCUUGUAAAUCUCCCACAGCUGCUGAAAACCUUUAAUGUUUAACCUUUCUACCCCUUGAACGCCCUGUUAGAACCUUGUCUCAAUGUCUGUGUUUUUAGUACAUUAGCAUGUUGAUUUGUUUCUUAGGUAGUUGAGCCCCAAUGUUUGAAAGCACUUAUGCUGUGUUCCAUUUACCUCGGAAGUCGGAGCUGGGAAUGACGUCACACACAAGGCGAAAACCUCGCUCGGCCAGCCAUAGUUUGCAACCAGUCAGGUUAGCUAUUGUUACGCCGGUUGAUUAAAAGAAAAAUGCAUUGUGCGGUAUUUGUUCUUACUAAACGCUAUAGCAGACAGCAGUUAGACAGUACUUUGUGUAUGAAUAUUUAUAUGAGACACAAAUACACAGAAGUGCUAAUAAACAGUAUAAACUACAGCUUUCACUAACUUGAUACUCACAGCAGCCGUCUUGGAUCACGAAGUUGGGGUAGUGCAGUUCUCCCGACUUUCAAAGUCGGAAAGCCGACUUAAGGGGUGCGUUCCCUUUGAGAUUUCCGACUUCCCAUGUCAAAUGGAAUGUAGCAUUUUCAUGAGUCACAGUGAAAGUGUAGCGUUGCGACUGGGGAGGCAGGCGAAAUGGAUCCUUUAUUCUCUGGGAACUGUUUGAGUGCCAAACUCCUGUUUUGUUUGCUUUGGUCAGUGUUUGUAUCUCAAGAGGAAACAAGUCCCAGCAUUGAAGCUUAUAAAUGUGCCCAUAAAUAGAUGGGGGGCAAAAAAGGCCUGAAUUAUCUUCGCUCCAGUGUACUGGAUUAAGAUCAUUAUUGGGUGAUAACCGAGCUGUAUCUGUAAUACAGAUGUGUUGUGUAAUCACACAGUAAUGUGGGCCUGUCAGUUCAGUAUCUGUUUAUUUGUGUUGUGUGUAAGUAGGUGAGAAUAUGUGCUGCAACAUUUUCAUCAGCUUAGUUUAUCAGUGUGUUUCAUAACCCAAACAUGUUGUUUGUGUUUAAAGCACAAAAGAAUCCAGGUUUUUGACAUGAAUGUGAUCCUUUAAGAAGAAGUAAUUUCGUUUAAAAGAAAUGCUCUUGACGAGGUGAUGCCCUGCCAGUUUUAAAAAUAAUUGGAUAAAUAUGUCAAGUGACUACAAAGGGCUCACAGUUGCAUUUCAUAUGGAAAAUGUCAAAUUGUUCCUCUGUUGCUAAACUAUCCCAACAACAAAUGUAAAAGCACUAAUUAUACAUCUUCAACUGCUCCCGUGCUCAGGUUGUUCAAAUGUGAAAUCACAGUGUGUGGUCACCCAUGUUUAGUCAUCUGUGUCCUGACUUAUAGAGCCAAAAACUUUCAGUUUGGGUUCCCCAAAAUGUGUCUGCUUCUGUGUGUUUUUUUUUUUUUGUUUGUUUGUUUUUGUCAGGGGGGGAAAAAAGUUGACUUGACAGAGUAGUAAUAUUUUAGGAAUGUGCUGCCACGGUCGUCGUUCAUACCCAGGCUCAGAAAAAAAGAUGUGUUGUUAUUUUUCUUUCUGAGUUUUAUUCAAAAUAGUUUAAAACCAUCUUUAUUAACUGCAUAGGGGUUACUCACAGGUUACUUUCACAUUCAGUGUAUCCAAAUAUCUGCUGCUGUUCAUUUAAACAGGUGUAUAUAUAUCCUAUAUAUAUAUAUAUAUAUCUCACACACUUGCCUCUUCUUGCUCAAAAAUGUAUCCUGUCGUGUACAUUUUUGAGAACAACUGAAUAUGCAAUAGAAACGCCAGAUAAUCUAUCACCAUCACUUAACAAAGUGUGGUUGCUUCCUUGGUAUUUCUUUUUGUUCCAGUAUAAGCUAUUUGCAUACAGGAGAUUCACAUUUAACUUUAUCUCUGCAGGCCAGAUUUUCAGGAAAAGAUAAACUCGGUCUAACAAGACUGCACAAAAAAAACCCUAUUUUAUGUUUGACUACAAGGUGACCAAAGCAAGUACAGACAAAUUCAACAUGUCAAUGUAAACUAAGUAGCUCCUAGAAGACAAAUGUACAUUUAUUUGUUUUGUUUUGUUUUUUUUUUACUCUUAACGCGAUGGCUUUGGUCAAAUUGUGUAAUACUGUGAAUAGGAUAGGAGUCAGUCUUUUUCACACACAACCUGUUUGUGAAAGUAAUCAACCAGCUUGAAUCUAAAAAGAUUUGCACUACCCAAAUAUUGUUUGAAAAUCUAUUUUGUAUAAAACAUUAUGCAGACAUUAACUUUUGAGAAUCAAGGGCAGAUCAUAUUUCACUGGUAUAUGCGUUCUCUAAAAAAAAACAAAAAAACAUUUGUUUUGCUUACAUUUUGAAUAUGUACAUAUAAUCCAUUGUAAAGAAAAUGUGGUGUAUUUGUCUCCAAAUACUAGUUUUUCUAUACCCACCCUGUAUUAUUUCUGCUCUGUAGUGUGACUUCUGUUGAUCUCAUCCUCCAAUGAUUAAAGGUCGAAUUGUAAAUGUUUGUGUGGUACUUAUCGAAGCAAGGAACUGUAUGCUGAUGUUUGCCUUGAUAUUAACUUGAUGACUCUGAACAAUGAGAACGGUAAGCUUGUUGUAAGACACUUUUCAUUAUCAUAUACCAAGCACUUGUUCGUCAAUAAAUGCGUUUUUCCAUUCUGA